GCCAAUAGGCGGCGGCCGGGCCGUUUGGCGGUUGAAGAUGGCGGCGGCGCGCGGCGGCGCUGAGGAGAAGGCGGAGGAAGAGGGCGGGGAGGCGGCGGCGGCGGCGGCGCCGGGCCGCGGCCAGCUCUUCGCCGCCGUGGUGGACACCUUCCUGGAGAAGCUGGUGGCGGCGGGGAGCUACCAGAGGUUUGCGAACUGCUACCGCGACUUCUACCGGCUGCAGCCCGAGCUGACCCGGAGCAUUUAUGACCAGUUCGUAUCUCAGCUGCAGGCCUCUAUCAAGGAGGAGAUUCAGGAGGUGAAGGAGGAAGGGAACCUGGAGGCGCUCUUUAACUCACUGGAUAAGAUCGUGGAAGAGGCAAAGGACCAGGAAGAGCCUGCGUGGCGUCCCAGCGGCAUCCCCGAGGAAGACGUUCGCAGUGCUGUGGUGCCGUACCUCCUGAAACACAGGGCUUACCUCCGCAAAGUCCUGAAGGAGAAGGAGGAAGAGAACAGGAAACUAGCAGAGUCCGUGCUCGCUGGGAGGGACAGAAUCACAGAGCUGCAGCGGCAGAUACAGGAUCGCAAACGAGCCUGGCAGGCAAUUAGUAAAGAGCAGAGAGAGCUCAUCAUGACAUUCAAGGAGCCCCAGUGAGGAAGCAGAGGUUCUGUAAAUGUUUCACACGUGGAUUUUCUCUUCCCCAAAUGCUUUGGGAAGUGGAGUUCUGCACCUGGCGUAUAUAAACUGUGCAAACAGGACUGCACACUUGUGUUCCUCUUGGCAGGCUGGAAGGAGCUGUUGCAGUAGGACUGAAUCACUACUGAACUUGCACAGUUUGAUCAAAGAUUGUGAAAUGAGAAAAUGCAUCAGGAUGUUUGGAAAUAGAUGACUAUUUCUUAUUCCCUGCUCAGCUCAACAGUGAGGGGAGUCCUACGGAUGCGACAGCGACGCAUGUCUGUGCACUAACACGCUUCUUUAGCACUAUGAUGAGCAGCAUUCUGUCUUGCUAAAGCUGAAUUUGAGACCCUCAAGGCGUUUCAGAUGCACUUUGCAGAAACCUUGGUGCCUUACGCAACAAGUGGAGCACAGAUAGUAACUGUGCUCUGUGCUGGGUAGAGGAGCCGGGGAGCGGUCAGCAGAGCUGGCUGUAGCGUAUGAAGCACGCGAUCGGUUAAAUGUUACAAUGGCGUUUUGUGCAGCUGAAUUGUAAAUAGCCACUUUAGACCCUUU